CCAGUAAAAGAGGAAGAGAAAUAAAAUGUUCAUGAGGAGAGAGACGCUGGUGCUUCCCCACAACUUCACAGGAACAGCCGCUCUGCAGAAACCAGUCAGACUUUAUUGAUCAGGAGCAAAAAGAAAGAAACUUGAACCUAAAUAUGAUGUAACAGCUGACGACAUUAACGUUGUUCUGGUCAUGUUGAGGUGACAGACGGGUCCUGCUGCCCUGACAGUCACUUGGGGGGCUUGUAGUAAACUAAAACUGAUGUGUACAUGCUGGCCUCAUUUGAAAACAAACCAGAUCACUUGAGCAGACAGGAAGUGGUUUGUAGGUUGCUGGUUAGAUUCUGUGCUUCAUGGUUGCCGUUUGAGAGGAAGACUCGUGUUCUGUUAGCAGAGCUGCAGGUUUGACAGCCGCUGCAUCGAAUGAGAUCAUUUUCAGAUUUCUGUCUGUUUCUCAUUAACGUGGAAGAAGUCGGUUUUUGAACAAAGAUGGUUGUAAAAGAUAAAAUGUUAAAAAAAAGAAAGAAAUGUGUACUAAUGACUAGUCAUAUGUUAGAAGAAGAAAGUAGUUCCAGCAGUUCAAUUUCAUAUAACAUGACAUACUGUUGUCAUUUAAAGCUGCAGCAAUCAAUAUUUUUAUAUUAAGAGCGGAUCAAAUGACAUGUAUGAUGUGUGAGGUGUCACUCUGCAUCUUUACGGAGCUUUUCUGCCUCUUUUAGCUGCUACUUGGGUUCAGUCUCCGCAGUUUUCUGAGUAACUCGCUGUAUUCUGUCAGCAAACAGCAGCUCGGUUUUAAAGGCUUGGUCAUUUAAAGUGUGAACGGCCUCACAGUCAGUCUCUGCGCUACUGUUUGCUAACGUGUCGGCCACAGAUUCUACAUUCAUACUGCAAUGAAUGCAGGUUUAAAGAUAAAUAUGUACAGCUAAAGAUUUCUGGUUCACUGUUGAACAGCAGCCAUGUGGACAUACGUGACAGUAACAGUCUGCAAACCGACUCACUGAUGUCUGUUAUACAGCAUGUAAAGGCUGCUGACGUUAGCUAACGUUAGCUAACGUUAGAAGAAGAAAGUAGUUCCAGCAGUUCAAUUUCAUAUAACAUGACAUACUGUCAAUCAAUAUUUUUAUAUUAACAGCGGAUCAAAUGACAUGUAUGAUGUGUGAGGUGUCACUCUGCAGCUAACGUUAGCUAACGUUAGCUAAUGUUAGCUAACGUUAGACCGAUGAAGGCGGCAGUCUGCAGACAGACGUGCUGGUUGGACGGUCGACCAGCGUCUGGAACCUCCUCCUCCUCACCGCUCAGACGUCUGCGUUGUGAUUGGAGGCCUGUGAGAGUGGGCGGGGCUUCUCUCUCAGAACAUCCUGUGAGCAAAGAGCUCAGCGAACCCGACGCCCUCCCUCCUUCCUCUGCACCGCUCGACACUCCUUCUUCCUCUCCCUGCGCGCUGACGAGAAAAAGCUCUCAGCUGGUGCGACUGCAGGGUUAUGUUGCUGUCGGGGGAACAGGUGAGCUCAUCUCUGCCUCUGCAGCUGUAGAGAAGAAGAAGAAGAAGAAGAAGACUGGGCGAGGAGAUGCCGUUUGGCUGGUGGACCGCUGUGCUGCUGCUGCUGCCGGCUGUGACUCUGGCUCAGAGUGGAGAUGGAGACACAGAGCCGGAAAUCAGCUGCACCUCUCACAUCUCGACAAAAGGAUGCAGUCUGACCUGCGAGCUGAACAGGGAUGAUGAGGACGAGGAGGAGGAGGGCGACAGCAUCGAGAGGAUCACUAUGUGUUACUACGACUUAACAUCAAACAAGAUCAAGUGUCUGGAGGCGUUCGGGAACACGAUGAACUCCUCAGAGCUGCAUUCUCUGAGACCUUUCAACCGGACCGUCUACCUGAAGAGCGGAAAGACAUUCACAGACAAAGUCGACCUGAAGAAAAUAGUGAAACCCAGAAGUCCUCGUGUGUGGAACGUGACGUUCAACCAGGAGACCAACCAGGCCGUGUUUCAUAUUCAGAUUCCAUAUAACAAUGAUUAUAUAAGAACAGACAAUCUGCUGUUCCAGCUGUACAUCUGGACCGCCGGCAGUGAAACAACUCAAGAAGUCUCCCAAAAAGACACUUUGGAAAUCAGCAUGGAGCAUCUUCAGAAGGACCAAGAGUAUCACGUCAGAGUGCGAGCGAAGCCGGACACAAAUCUGCAGGGCAGCUGGAGCGAGUGGAGUGAAACUUUCAGCUUCUCUACUCCUGCUGAACCGGAGAAGGGCGUCCAAUGGGAGACGACCUACAGACCGCUCAUAUAUCUCGUCCCGCUGGUGGUGCUGACUUUUAGCGUUGUUUACUUCUGGAAAAACAAAAUAUUCACUUACAUGUGGCCGAGCAUCCCGCAUCCCAAACACACACUGGUGCAGAUCUGCAAUUCAAAUAAAGGCCUUCUGCUGAACUUAAAACCAGAGGUGUUCAGCGCCCUUAAAAUUUCCCCGAUGGAGAAAGCAACGUGUGAGGAAACAGAGCCCUCGAUUGCUGCUGCUGCUGCUGCCGACGGUACGAAUGCUCCCUCCUCCACCCAGAGCUCCGACUGCUCCAGGAGCAACGCCAGCGUCAGCACUGAGGAGUCGGAGCUGCUGAGUAGGAGCUCCUCCGACGGAGAGGACAGCCUCCAGAGCUCCGGUCCGUCCCCGGUGGACGUCCCCCAGCUCGCAGAGCGACCUCGCACACCUGCACCUGAACGCAGCGCUGGACGGAACGAGCCUGAGUUGUUUGCUGUGAGCCAGCAGGAGGAGGCCUACGUCACCAUGUCCAGCUUCUAUCAGUUAGGAGAAGAGAGCAGGACCUAUAUUUAUUAAACUUCUGAGAAUUACAUCUCUAAACAUACAGUGGUUCCCAACCGGGGGGGUCGGGGCCCACCAUGAGGCCCGUAGAUAAAUCUGAAGGGUCACAAAAUGAUUAAAUGGAUGACAGAAAGAAAGAAAACUCUUUUUUAGCCUGCAUGCUUCCCUGGAUGGCGAUGUCUGUCCACACAGAAAUAUCUCUACAACCAUUGGAUGAAAUUUUGUGUAGACGUUCAUGUUCCCCAGAGGAUGAAUCCGACUGACCUGUGUUCCUGAUCCACUUAUCCAGUGAAAUGUCUCAACAUCAAGAUACAAGAUGGAUUGCUCUGAAAUGUGGUACAGAUUCUUGUUAUACAGACGAUGAAUCCUCCUGACUUUGAUCCACUGAUUUGUACUCUAGUGCCACCCUGAGGUUGGAUUUAAGUAAAAUAUCUCAACAACUGUUAGAUGGAUUGUCUGGAGAUUUGGUUCAUAUUCAUGUUCUCCUCAGGAUGAAUUGUAAUAACUUUGGUGACUUUUCAUCUAGCACUAUCAUCUGGUCAAAUUGUUAAUUUGUCCAAAACUUUUGUUUAUGACCAAAUACCUUCAAAAGUCCUGACAUUCCCGUCAUCGUUAGGGGUACUUUGUGUUUAGCCUUGUGCAUCCUGACAGAGCUGCUAGCAUGACUGUAGACUCUCAGUAUGUUUCCCUCCCUGCGUAGUUCAGUCUGGUUGAACAGGACUCCCGUUGGUUUUCCCCCCUUGGUUUGAUUGGUUGUGGUCUCAGUUCUCCAUCUGACCAACUACAAGGCUGCGAGUUUGAGCUAAAUGGCUGGAAUAACAAACAGCGUACGUUAGUCUUCUUGAUAUUUGGGCAGAUACGACCUUCUUACCGAGUUGACCAAUCCGAUCCACUGACUAGAGGUUUGAAAAAUCCCUCCGUCUUAUCCAGUUGAAAUACUGCAUACUUUCACCAAAAUCCAUCACCGCUCACGUCCACACUAAGACGGAGAGCUGUGAUGAGGGUGGAUAGAUUGAUUCCUCAAGCGGCCAAACACAACAAAAUCAAACAACAGCUGGGAUCCACUGACAUAAAGAGUUACUAUACAGUUAAAAGUGAAUAAUAAGACACAUUAUCACGAGACGACAAGUGUUGGAGGAACAUUUGAUCACAUGAUUAAUCCUGUAUUAGCUCAGAGCAGGAACAUCAAAGGAUUUACUCUACAUCUGAAAAAAAUCCAUAUUUUCUCAGGGACAUAAUAUCCUGCAUAUGAUUUUAUUAUUAUUAUUUUUUACAUUAAUAUGUUUUGCUUGAAGUCUUUAAUAUCUCCAGUAGCAGUUAAAGGGGCAUUCCAGCAGUUUAGUUUUGCACUUCCAUUAAGAAGCUGGAUUUGUGAGUUACAGAUUAGCAACAAAAUAAUCCAGAUCUGUGCAGCAGAGGUGGAGAUAUCCAGACUUUUAUUACAAAAACACUGCAUCCUACAUUUCCCAUAAUGCCACUGGAUAGUGUCUGUCAUCAGAGCCUCCCUGCAGGUAAACAACCACGUCUUUCAAACUUAUUAUUAUUAUUAUACAUUUUUAGUAUUUUUAAGUCAAAAAAAAUUUGAUAAACGCCUUUUUAUUCUUUAGUUUGUGAGUGGGAGUAAAAGAGGAUUUUUGCUUUUUUAUCUUUCUCUGAAGUUACUUUUAGCAGUUUGAGAAAUACAAGGCCAGAACUAUUGAAAUGUAGCUCUUUUCAUUAUGUAGCUUUUGACGUCAUAUGACUUUAUCCCGAUGUCUCUUAUGUUGUAUACUGACAUACCUUCGUCAUCUGUCGCCCAGAGUCGGUUGAUGGAGAACCUCAGAAGACCAAACCAGUGUUUCUGCAUGUUUUAGCCCUUUUUUAUAUUCCUGCUACUGUUUCCAAAGCAAAUCAUCUUCCAGGCAGCCUACCGAUCACCUAAAUUACAAAACAUCUCUCCAUGCAGAUACUUUUGGUUUUAUUGUGCAGGUUUUGAGAUUUCUGCCUCCUUUUCUUCUCUAAUUUGGGCGAAUUAACCCUUUAACAUCAAAGUUCUUGCAUGGUACCGCUCAUGUGUUGACAUGCUGGUUAACAGAAUACAUCUGAUUCAACUUCUAACAACAAUAAAGCAACAUGGACACCUGCUGACCAGUUCAGCAAACUGUAACUCAACCACAGUGGAAAUAUGAACAUAACAAAUAUAAAACCAUAGUGAUAUGAAUAGAUACAGUUGGCUGCCUGGAAUCACAUAUAUUUUCUUUCUUGAGCUAAAACAAACAAAAACACCAGUGAGGUCCUUUUUUUAAAAAAAAAAAGAAGCUGCUGUUAUUCUGAAAUAACAUAUUCUCUCCUCAUGAUCACCAAUCACUCAGCAGUGAAUUACAGUGAAUGUCAUUAUGAUCACUCUGAGCAGUCUGCAGGUGAGAUGCGGACGCGUUGCCGCGGCAACCGGACUCACCUGUGUCUGUUUGAGGUCAGAUACGAGUCACAGAGACGCCGAACACAAUGCUGCUUGUUAAAUAUCUCACACAACUUACACCUCAUGUUUCCUUACAGCAAUACAUACACCGAAUGUACGCUUUGUUUUCUCAGAAACCUGAUUGUAAUGUUUGUACUAAACAUACUGUACAUACUAUCUGGUGAUGUUUGUUUUUACCUGUUAUGACAUAAACAUUUUCCUUAUUUAAACAAAGGCGAUGAUGUUGCAUAUCAACGUAUAAUAAAGUAUAAAACCUGAUAUGGAAACAUA